AUGGUUAAUGAAGAGGAUGUGAAUGUAAAAACAAGAAAGCCAAGACAAGUAGCCAUUACAAGAUCGAAUUGCAAGGCAUGCAUAAGAGCAAGAGUGAAUAAAGAAGGAAAGUUUGAGGUAGUGGCUCAUGUUAUUCAGCAUAACCAUGAGCUAACAAGGUCACAGUGGCAUUAUUUGCAUCGUUCUGAAAGAAAAAUGACAGAAGAAAAAGCUGAAGCAAUAAAAACAAUGAAAUCUUCAGGUCUAACUACAAUGGACACUUACAAUUACAUGGCUACAGAGGCUGGAGGAGAACAUAAUAUAGGUUAUAGUAUUGUAGAUCACCUGAAUUUUUGCUCAAGGUUAAGAAUGGAACAAAUUGAGGCUAGAGAUGCUCAAACUUUAGUGAACAUUUUAAAUCAGGAACAAUCAAAGGAUCCAAACUUCUUUUUUAGAGUGAAGUUUGACAAGGAAGGAAGAAUUUCCAAUAUCUUUUGGAGAGAUUCAAUGAUGCUAGAAGACUAUAGGAUAUAUGGAGAUGUGCUUGUCUUUGAUACAACAUACAGAACCAACAGAUAUAAUCUUAUAUGUGCUCCAUUUGUUGGAAUAAAUAAUCACUGGCAUAAUUGUAUGUUUGCAUGUGCUUUUAUUGGGAAAGAAAAAACAGAUUCAUUUGUGUGGCUACUAGAAACAUUCUUGAAAGCUAUGGAGAAUAGAUUACCAACUUCAAUAUUCACUGAUCAGGACCAAGCAAUGGCAAAUGCAAUUGAGCAGGUGCUUCCUAAUACAAGGCAUAGACUUUGUAUCUGGCAUUUGGAACAAAAUGCUAUAACCAGAUUUGGAGCUCUUAAAAAAGACAAAGAAUUCAAGUAUGCAUUCAACCAGUGUUUAAAGAUGUGUGUGAAUGAACAAGAAUUUGAAGCAAAAUGGCAAGCAAUGAUGCAGAAAUAUGAGUUGACAUCACACUCUUGGUACCAAAGAGUGUACGAGUUGAAAGAGAAAUGGUGUCCUGCCCUUAGUAGAGAUUUCUUUUCAGCAGGAAUCUUAUCAUCACAAAGGAGUGAAAGCACUAAUCAUGCAAUGGGAUUCAGAGAAAGUAAAGCAACUACCUUGACAGAAUUUUAUACCAUAUUUAAGAAAACAAUCAAUCGUUGGAGAAGCAUAGAGAAAUAUGAUGAGUUUACCUGUAGCAAGUCAAUAACAUUCACUUCAUUGCCAUUGUCUGGAAUGCUAAAACAUGCUGCACAGGUUUUCACUUUGUCACUCUUUAGAGAUUUUGAAGAGGAGUUUGGAUAUUCUAUGGCAACAGGUGUUCAAAUGAUAGGAGGAAAUGAAGAAUGUCUACUUUAUCAGGUAGCCCUGGAAGACAAGCCAUGGUCUGCACAUCAAGUAAACUAUAUACAUGAGAUCCAGAAUGUAUGGUUAACAAGAAUACCAGACAAGUAUGUUUCAAAAAGAUGGACUAAGUUUGCAAAAACAGAGGCAUGGGAUAGGUUGAAGAAUCAGGAUCCAACACAUCAAUAUAUUCCAUGGAGACAAACAAUGAUAAGGAAAUACUACAAUAUAAUAUUAAAGAGUCAAGAAAAUGAAGAAACAAGAAAAUUUAUGGAAGAAAAUUUCAGAAACAGUCUUAAAAUGGUGGAAGACUUACUUGCUAGUGCUGCCCAGAGAGAAAGUGCAGAAGCUGCUUCUAAUAUUCCUGAUGUGGCAGACAACAAUCACAGCAAUGAUGAUGUUUCUUCAGCAUCGAGUACAAACACAAGUGUACCAACAAUACUUGAUCCACAAAGGGCUGUAACAAAAGGAAGAAGCAAGAGAGCAAAAGGAGGUCUUGAAAAAAGUAAGAGAAAAAGAAAACCAGCACUGCCACAUCCACAUUCAAAAUUUGGAUCUAAAACACCUAAUUUGAGACUCUUUUAG